UCCCUCUGAUAAAAGUUGAAUUGAUCCUCUGCUGAUAUUUGAGUUGGACCCUUCCAGGAGCGGACCGUUACAUCAUCAGCGGAGAAUGACAUGUGUCAACACAACUGCCAGCUGUGAUCUCCACCGGAGGCUGCACUCGUGCGAAAUCCCACCCCCCCCCCACAUGGAGGAGAGGCGUCCCGCUCACACCGCGCCGACCACGGGAGAGUGACGGCGCUCCCGAGCAGCGGGGAAUCACGGUUUGGUUCUUUUCUCUUCUGCUGCCAGUCGAGAGAGGAGGAGACGGGGGAGGACGGCAGCGCUCAUCCAUCCAUCCAUCCAUCCAUCAGUCCAUCCAUCCAUCCAUCAGUCCGCCCGGUACCGCGCGUCCCCGCCGCCUUGGACCUCCCGCGUGCCGGCGGGGGGUGGGGGGCAGCCGGGAAGGACGUUCAGCGUCGAGAGGGAGGGAGGGGGAGCGAAAGGAGCCCGUCUGUCAGUGUUAUUCCCCGGUGUUGGAUGUGGACACACGCAGGGGGGAGCGAGGACCACGGCCGCCGCCGCCGCAGCGCCACUCUCCUGUUUCCAGCUCUGUCCUGACUGAGCGCAUUUCACCGGUUGCUCAUCUGAAGAUCUGGCCCUCGUCUCGGGCCUGAGAGGACAGUGUAGUGCACCAUGACCCAGGAGGGGCAAUCCCUGCCCUCUCCCACCCCACCAGAGAACCCAGUGGAGGCCAGUGCAACCACCGCCAGCACCAGCACCGACUCACCCGCAGACGCCCACAGCCAGACGGAGCCGGACGCGCUGGGGGCGGCGGCGGCGAAGGACGAGGUAGAGGAGGGCCAACAACCGGAGGAGACCAGAGAGGGAGUCGAGGGGGCAGAGGGGGGGAGGCACGGGGACGGAGGAGCAGAAGCGGAGCUCGCAAGAGGAGAGGGGGAGUUAAAAGAGGAGAGGGUCGAUGGCAGUGGGGGUGAGGAUCGACAGACAGACGGAGGGGCGCAGGGACAGAGGGAAGGCACAAGAGGGGAUGGAUGUGUAAAUUCAGAGGUAAGCUCAACGGGGGAGGAGGCAGCAGCAGCAGCAGCAGCAGCAGCAGCAGCGCGCGAGGCGGAGGAGGUGAAAGAGGAAGAGGAGGGGAAGGAAAAUGAAGACGUGACACUGUCUACAGAGGAGGCAACACACCCUCAACCAGCUGGGAGACUGGCAAACGGUAUAGGCGGGAAUGAAGAGGAGGACGAAGCUGGCGAGGAGGACGAGGGCGAAGUUGGAGCGGGGACUCACACACACCUGGACGCUUUCAGCUCCAACUUUGAGAUGAAUGUAGAACAAGCCGAUACAGAAGUGGAGGAGGAGGAGGAGGAGGAGGAGGAGGAAGAGGUCCAGAGAGAGGGGGGUGGAAGAGGAAACCAGGACAGCUUCAGCUCGGCGUUCGAGCAGAUUGUUGAGCAGGUGGAUGUUCAGGGGGAAGAAGAGGAGGAAGAGGACAAGGACCUGGAGGAGGAGAGGGAGAGAGGUCGGAUGGACAACAAGGAUGGCUUCAGCUCCACAUUCGAGCGCAUCGUGGAGUCUGCCUUGCUGAGGGGCGGGACCUGCUACAGCAGUCUGGACUCGCUGGAUGUGCUGUCCCUCACAGACGAGACGGACAGCUGCGUCAGCUUCGAGGCCCCACUGACGCCGCUCAUCCAACAGAGGGCGCUGUUACAGGGCCCUGAACCUUUGGAGCUGGAGCUGGAGACCGUUCAGGAGCAAGAAGGGGCCGAGGCUGGACCGGACGCCCCGGGAGCAGACCUGAACCCUGCAGAGGGCAUGGUCCGCGGAGCAGUGGCUGGAGCAGGGGGCAGCCCACUGAGGACCACCAUACCAGGGAGCAGGUCGGAGUUUGUGCUGAGCCAGCCGGGACGCUGGACCAUCCCCAAUGGAUACCACGCAGACUCCCAGGGAGCCGCGGAGGGUGGCGGAGCCAUGAUCAACUCUGUCAGCGAUGCCAACCUCACAGACGCCCUGUCUGACUCAGAGGAGUGCGAGUUGGGCAGUCUGGAGCGUUUGGAGCGCGGCAGCACCGACACUCUGGCCAAUGGCUGCCGAGCCGACAGUGAGGCGGCCAAGAGGCUGGCCAAGCGCCUCUAUCACCUCGAGGGCUUCAAACGCUGCGACGUGGCCAGACACCUGGGCAAGAAUAAUGAGUUCAGCCAGUUGGUGGCGUCGGAGUACCUGAACUUCUUUGACUUCUCGGGCCUGUCGCUGGAUCGAGCCCUGAGGAACUUCUUAAAGGCCUUUCCACUGAUGGGAGAGACCCAGGAGAGAGAGCGGGUCCUGGUCCAUUUCUCCAGACGCUUCUGCCACUGCAACCCACAGACCCCCUCCUCUGAAGGUCAGAGCCCAGAGGGUGAUGGCGACGAUGAUGAUGGUGGUGAUAAAGAUGAUGGAGCCCACACACUAACCUGUGCUCUCAUGCUGCUUAACACCGAUCUACACGGACACAACAUUGGGAAGAAGAUGUCGUGUCAACAGUUCAUCAGUAAUCUAGACGGCCUCAACAACGGCAAAGACUUUCCCAAAGACUUAUUAAAGGUUUUGUACAACUCCAUCAGGAAUGAGAAGCUUGAGUGGGCAGUCGAGGAGGAGGAGCUGAGGAAGAGCCUGUCGGAGCUGGUGGAGGAGCAAUGUGAGGGCGGGGGUAAACGUGGUGUCAGGGUCACGGACGGCAAUAACCCUUUCAUCGCAAUUCCCAUUCUCCUGAAUGCUGUCACCUACAAACACGGAGUGCUGACCCGCAAGAGCCAUGCUGACAUGGACGGCAAACGUACCCCGAGGGGUCGUCGCGGUUGGAAGAAAUUUUAUGCGGUUCUGAAGGGGAUGAUCCUGUAUCUCCAGAAGGACGAGUACAAACCCGACGCCGACAUCUCAGAGGUGGACCUGAAGAACGCUGUGCGGAUCCAUCACGCUUUAGCCACCCGUGCCACCGACUACAGCAAGAAAGCCAACGUGCUGAAGCUCAAAACAUCGGACUGGAGAGUGUAUCUGCUGCAGGCCCCGAGUGAGGAGGAGAUGAUGUCUUGGAUCUUCCGAAUAAACCUGGUGGCGGCGCUGUUCUCAGCUCCGGCCUUCCCCGCUGCCAUCGGCUCCAUGAAGAAGUUCUGUCGGCCCAUCCUGCCAUCCUCAUCCACCAGACGCAACCAGGAGGAGCAGCUGCUGAGUCACGAGAGCAAGCUGAAGCAGAUGAGCCUGGAGCUGGAGGAGCACCGGAAAAACCCGCCCUCAGUUGACCCCAAAAGUCGGGAGUGGGAGGAGUACCGGCUCAAAGAGCACUACCUAACGUACGAGAAGACCCGCUAUGAGACUUACAUCAGCCUCCUGCAGGCAAAAAUCCGCGCGGAGACGGACGACCUUGAGAAGAUCGAGGCAAGCGUGAUGGGUGGCCUGAUCAUGGAGGGUGGUCUGGCCGGCCGCGAGUGCCACCUCCGCAAGACACAGUCCUCCCCGUCCAUCAGCCAGGCUCACGGCGGGCUGAACGGGAGGGCCGUCGACUGCUCUAAUCCAGGACAGAGGAGCUGAGGGGAGGGAGGGUGAAGAGACGCCACGGCCCACAAAAGCAACGUUUCCUCCGAGCCAAACUAGUUUAAUCCUCCAACUCCUUAAUGGGUUCUUUGUUCACCCUCUUUUUUGUUUUGAGCUCCUUCGUUCCUCCCGUUGUGCUCAUGGUGAGCGUGAGAUCCCAGAAUCCCAUCCCAGAAUUUAUCAACCCCGGUGAUGAGGUUCAGUCCUUGAGCAAUAGAUGAAAAGAAUGAAGAGGAAGAGCCCGCCAACAAGUGACCCCGCCAAACCUCAGUUCUUUGAACUUUUAUUAUUGCACAUCAGAACGAUCGUAACUGUGACCCUGCGACCUUCAUCAGUAUUAUUUUCAAAACUCGCCGCGAGGCGGUUGUCUUGAGUUGAAACUUAUUUUUCGUUAUGAGCAGAAGUCUGAGCAUUUCAUAACGUGUUCGUUUUUAGGUCAGAAAGAGAACAAAGAGAGAGACGCCAGACAGAGACUGAGAUGGACCCGGUGGAGAUGGUACUACUGUAGCAUUCUGGCCCCCGUCGUCCCGCGCAUGUUAACACACCCAGCCAACUCACAGGCGUGUGUACGGACCUACACGUGGGUGGCGUCUGAAAAACAAAAUAUAUCUGCCCUGGAGAACUUCUCAGAAGGAAUCGAGUCUCUGCCAUGUAUAGCAUAUUUAUUUAUUUAUUUAAUUAUCCUUUGUUCGCCACAGGGAGGGUCCACACACACACACACAGUGGACAUGCUCCACAUUCACACAGUUACAUACGGUAUGUUCCCAUGUGUAAAGGAGCUGCCCAGUGGAUCCGUGGGUUUUUUAAAACCGUUGUCUGCUCCACCAGAGGAGCUGGAGGUUGAGUGCCUUACUCAAGGGCACCUCGGCACGAGCUGUUGAGGGAUUUGUGUCACACAAAGUCUGCUUCUGUGAGUUCUUCAACGUUACCAUUUGUUUUUAUUACAACAACAAAAAAAGGGAUAACGGUAUGUAGCUGAAUGAAAGCAAUGUGCCACAUAUCAUGACAGAGUGCACUGAGCUGACAGAGCCGAUACGUAACUUGAAAUGAAGGGCAGAACAGGAGAGUGUGGGUGAGACGUGUACAGUAUGAGUGGGUCGGCUGUGUUGUGUGUGUGCGUGUGUGUGUGUGCAUCCGCUUGCUUUUGAAAGUAGUUCCAGUUGAGUUGUUGAAGCUGUAGGCGACAGGAAGAGGUGGAUUUAGCAGGGUCAUGUCUGAAUGAAUCACUUAUUGAGCGUGUUUGGUCAGAAACAGUCUGUUUGGCCUUCUGCUGAGUGAGACUACCAUCAGAACCAGGCCUCGAUCUUUCAAAAGCAUCUCCAGCACAGAGGCCUCCAUCAUCCAAAAAUCCCCAAAACUGAGAAUCUAACCUACCACUGCUCUUCAUUCAUAACAUGUUACAUGGACCUAUUAUACAGUAGCUACUAGCUUGUUUGGCAUUGUGCUGGGCAUUUACCAGCACUGGUGUAUUCCUUCUGCUGCCGUCAUUCCCACGAGAUGGAGAUGUUUUUGAGGAAACCGGGCCCUGGCUUAUUUUAGACAGACACAUGAUUGGAGAGUGUAGCAGCAGGACUGCUCAGGCGUAGCGUACUAAAGUUAGGAAACCUGUCGGCGUAAUGGAACGGAGAGGGGAACUGCAGCAAAACAACUCCACAUGGGUGAGGAGGAGGAGGAGGAGGUGGGACGCAUUUUCUAAGAAGAGACUGGUUAGGCUUUCUAAGUAAGACUGUCUCCGCCAGCCAAGAAUCGGCAAAACAGACAUCCUGCACGCAGGACCAAGCAGAGGAACAUAAUAUGUUAACGCCUGUUUCUCAUUGGAGGAGUUUGGCUUGUUUAAUGUUCUGAAGUAGUGGGGAUAUGGUGGGAGGGGGGGUGGUACUGCUGUUUGUGAGCACCUUAAUUGAUCCUUGCCCACUCAAAACACACGCACACACACACAAACACACACCGCAACUUUCCUCUUUCUACAUAAUUUGUUUAUGUGACACAACUGUAGAUCAGUGAGCUUAGUGACCCCUCACUCAGCCUCAAUGUGGCACAGAAGCAUGUUGACGUAACCAGAGCCGUGCAUCGGCAGUAAGAAUAAUCAUAUCUUUGGUCUGGACACAGUGCUUCUGCUGCUUUGUAUUUCAUAUUUAUAGUGACUGGCGGGAUCUGAGAUCCCCCUGAGACUCGGCUGGACACCUGGAAUCACAGCUGGAAGCCUUGGACUGGAUCCUUGUACAGACCAAAAUGCUGAACCGGAGCUGAGUUUUGCGCGAGGAAGUACCAUUUUUAUAAAAAGCUGAAUUGAUAGAAUAAAACUGCUUUCUUACAGGGAGACUUCCCCUUAUAGUCACUUUGCCUGUUGUGCUAACCAUUGUUUACCAAUGUUCUAGGGUAGGCCCGUGCCGUAAUAUAGAAUUGUGACAAAAAAAACCCCAUUUGUUGAUUGUUAUGAUUUAUUUUUAAGAAAAAAUGACAACUUCGGCACUUUGAUGUCAGCAAUGGAUCUCUUUGUUUGUUUGUUUUGUUUGUAUAUCGGAACUGUUUUUGACAGGAUGCUCAUACUAUGUAAAGGACAUAUUUACUGAAUAUUUAGUCUGUGCUUCAUAAAGUAAGCUUUUAUACAGAUGA